CGCCCUCACCCUCGCUUGGGCUUUAUCACCCCAGACACUCACCGACUGGAGCAAGGCUGGCCAUCAUGUCUAUACUUGGGGCCUUCCUGAUGCUCUGGGGUCUCUCACUGGGCCCAGCAACCGAGGGAGCCAUAGUAUUCGAGACCCGGCCGAACCUGUGGGCAGAGGCUGAAUCGCUGCUGGAGCCCUGGGCCAACUUGACGCUGACAUGCCGGGCCCGCCUGAUGACCCCAGAUUUUGAGCUGUUUAAGGACGGGGUAACCCAGGAACUUGUGCUCCUUGAUUUACCUGCCAUGGAGCACCAGUUCCCGCUAGGAGCAGUGACAAGUGACACCCGGGGCCUCUACCGCUGCCGCUCUGGCUUGAACAGCGGAUGGACGCAGUUGAGCAACCUCCUGGAGGUGACUGGAGCAGAGUCCCUGCCCCCACCUUUGCUCUCAACUGAGCCCGUGUCCUGGAUCACACCGGGUCUGAAGAUGAAACUGCUGUGCCAUGGGGGAUUUCGUGGUGUGACCUUCCUGCUGAGGCGGGAAGGCGAUGAUCAGUUUUUAGGCGUGGCUGAGGCCCCUAAAGAUGCAGAGGCUACCUUCUCAGUCCAUCAGCCUGGCAAUUACAGCUGCAGCUACAGGACCCACGAAGCAGGUGCACCCUCUCAGCCCAGUGCUACUGUGACAGUCGAGGAGCUGGAAGCACCGUUGCCACCCACGCUGAGUUUCCAGGGAGAGUCUGCAGGUGUCCUGCCCCGGGGGGCCAGCGCGACCCUCCUUUGCGUGGCGCCCCUGAGCGGCGUGGAAUUCCAGCUGCGGCGGGGCGAGGAGGAGCUGCGGGGACCCAGGAGCUCCACCAGCCCAGACCGCAUCUUCUUUCACCUGAACGCGGCGGCUCUAGGGAACGGCGGUCUCUACACCUGCCGCUAUCGGCUGCGUGGCGAGCAAACCUGGUCCUCUGACAGCGCGCCUGCCGAGCUGCUGCUGAGCGACGAGACGCUCCCCGCGCCGGAGCUCUCGGCCCACCCCGCGACUCCGCACCCCGCGCCAGGCACGCUGGUGCAGCUGCGGUGCCGGGCUCCCCGGGCCGGCCUGCGCUUCGCCCUGGUGCGCGAGGGCGCCGAGCGCCGAGUGCACCGUGUCCUGAGCCCCGCGGGGACAGAGGCCACCUUCGAGCUGCGGGACGUGUCGGUGGUGGACUCCGCCAACUACAGCUGCGUCUAUGUGGACACGGCGCCACCCUUCGAGGGCUCGGCGCCCAGCGCGCCCCUGGAGCUGCGCGUAGACGGUGAGACCCCCCCCAGGCCACGGCUCCGGCCCCUGUCGCGUGGGGCGGUUGUUCCCGGCCGUGAUGCGGUCUUGCGCUGCGAGAGCCAGGUGCCCAGCGUCGUGCCCACGGUCAUCUUCGAGCUGCUGCGAGCAGACGAAGAGGAGCCUUCAACCCAACUCUGGACCAGCCACCCCUCAGCAGACCUUGUACUGACCUAUGUGGGGCCCCAGCACGCAGGCAACUACAGCUGCCGAUACCGCUCAUGGUCGCCCAAACCCUUCGUGUCUGAGCUCAGCGACCCGGUGGAGCUCCAGGUGGCAGGAAGUUGAUCCAGCUGCAGACUCAGGCCGC